AUGCAGAAUCAAGAGUCACAGAUGCCACAUAUGUCAGUUUCACCGCCAAAGAUGCCGGCUUCUUCGAGCCGCAUUCUUUAUGAUAUUCCUUGUAAAGUAUGUCGGGAUCACUCUUCGGGAAAGCAUUAUGGUAUAUUUGCUUGCGACGGAUGUGCUGGCUUUUUCAAGCGAUCGAUUAGACGGAAUCGUCAAUACGUGUGCAAGGCAAAAUCCGAGGGGGGUUGUAUGGUGGACAAGACACAUCGGAAUCAAUGUCGUGCCUGUCGAUUGGCAAAAUGCAUUCAGGCCGGCAUGAACAAAGAUGCUGUGCAGCACGAACGAGGCCCACGGAACUCAACACUUCGUAGACAAAUGGCUCUAUAUUUUAAGGAACCUGAAAUUAUGAAUAGUAUGGUAGCCUCGGCACCAACGGCUUUAGAUCUUGUUUUGCCUAAAGCGCCAUCGGAACCACGCGUCUCCAUGCCUAGACCAUCGCCCCAUCCCUCUCUUCCGCAUCCGGUAUAUUGCAAUGCGUUGACAGUAUCGAAAAUGCCAUCGAAUAUCCCGAAUCUGCAGUUGCCGUUUAUACCCUCGAUCAAUCCUGAGUCUAUAUGCGAGCAGGCCGCGAGAUUACUCUUUCUGAACGUGCACUGGGCGCGAGAUUUGGUGUCGGGAACAAAUCUCGUAAUGGAGGAUCAGCUGACGUUGCUUGAGUCUUCCUGGCGCGAGCUCUUUCUGUUAGCCGCCGCGCAAAUGAUACCAACCCUGGAUCCCACACCUUUAUCGUUGAAUCUUCAAAGUAUCGGGCUUGCGAUCGAAGUGAACCGUUUUCGAGAGACUCUGGCCGGCUUCCACGCAAUGAAUCUAGAUCAACAUGAAUUUGCCUGUAUCAGAGCGAUAGUGCUUUUCAAAGCCGGUCUGGAUAAUGAACCGGUAUCCAGCAGUAGGAGUACGAGCAGUAACUCACCUAGUCCCGGAAGUCGACUCAGGGAUGCGAUCUGCGUCGCCCGGCUGAUGGACAGCGCCCAAUUAGCUUUAGGACAACGGCUCAGCGGGGCCUCUUACGGAACCCUUAGACUCAAUAAGCUACUAUUGCUACUGCCUACCCUGCGCUCCGUAUCUGCACAUGCUAUUGAGGAACUUUUCUUCAGAACAACUAUUGGCGUGAUUCCAAUCGAAAGGAUUAUCUGCGACGUGUAUAAGGCGUCCUAA